CCGCGCGGCGGCGCACCACCCCCGCCUGACGCCCCGGAGCGGCCGGGAGGCCACGGCUGCGGCGCUCGGCGGCCCGCCCGCAGUGCCUUUGAAAGGCGGCGGGAGUCAGCGAGCGCGAUGGCGAGCCUAGGCCUCCUGCUGAGCGUGCUGGGCCUGGUCUUGUGCGGGGCCACGAGCCUCAGGCUGUCUGCUCUUGGCGCCAGCACCUCCAAGAAGCCCAUCAUAGGAGUAUUAAUGCAAAGGUGCCAUGGUAAGGACAUGAAAGCCCUGGGAAAAUACUAUAUUGCUGCAUCCUAUGUAAAGUUUCUGGAGUCUGCCGGUGCCAGAGUUGUACCAAUAAGGGUUGAUCUUAAAGAUGAAGAGUAUCAAAAGCUUUUCCAGUCCAUUAAUGGGAUCCUUUUCCCUGGAGGAAGUGUUAACAUCAAGAAGUCCGGUUACGCCCACGUGGCCAAAAUAUUUUACACAUUGGCCAUACAGAGUUUUGGCGCUGGAGACUAUUUUCCUGUAUGGGGCACAUGCCUUGGGUUUGAAGAGCUCACAUAUCUGGUCAGUGGAGAGAGUUUACUAACGCUCACAAAUACCGUUGGAAUUAAAAUGCCGCUGAACUUCACUAAAGGUACAUUGCAUAGCAGAAUGUUUCAGAAUUUUCCUGCUGACUUGUUGCUGUCAUUGGCAAUAGAACCUCUGACUGCAAAUUACCACAAGUGGAGCCUCUCUAUGAAGAAUUUUACAAUGAAUGAAAAUUUAAAGAAGUUUUUCAAUGUAUUAACUACAAAUACAGAUGGCAAUAUUGAGUUUAUUUCAACAAUGGAAGGAUACCAGCAUCCAGUGUAUGGCGUCCAGUGGCAUCCAGAGAAAGCACCUUAUGAGUGGGGGACACUAAAGGGCAUUUCCCACGCACCUAACGCUGUGAAGGCUGCAUUUUAUUUAGCAGAGUUCUUUGUGUCUGAAGCUCGGAAAAACAGCCAUCAUUUUGAAUCUGAUGUUGAAGAGAGCAAAGCGCUAAUUUAUCAGUUCCGUCCGGUUUAUACUGGAAAUAUUUCUUCGUUUCAGCAAAGUUAUGUAUUUGAUUGAAAGCCUUCAAUGUGUUAACAAGGAAUUUUGAUUAAUUCCAUGAUUAAACUGUUAUAAUGUCUUGCUAUUCAUGGCAAUAAUAGAAAGAGACAGAGAUUCCUUUUCUAUGAUGUUAUUGGCUCCGAUUCUUCGUUUAGUAAAUUUGACUAUUUAUAUAACAUUUAAUAAUCAGUGAGACAGAUAAUCAUAAUGUAUUUCAUAGAAAAGAUUUAUCUGAAGAUUAGAAAAAAUAAAUUUAUUGAAAAUA